CUCUCUCUCUCUCUCUCUCUCUCCGCCUCCAUUGCUGCUUGCAUAGCAUGAGAAUAGACCCGACUCUCUCUCAUUCUCUCUCUCUCUCUCUCUCUCACUCUCCAAAUCGUUUCUCUCUCUAUCGCCGCCGCCGCCGCCGCCGCCGCCGUCGCCGUCGCCGAUCGCCGUCUUUCUCUCUGCUCCCGUCCGGUGCGUUUCUUGGGGUUUUUGUUGUCUAGCUGCUGGCCCGGCGGCGUCCCCCGAUCAGUGGAAUUCCAGGGUUUUAGAGUCCCCCGGCGAUCUCCGCCGCCCGCGCCCCGCCUCCUUGAGCUCCCUCCCCCGCGAACGACGGCCACCGCCGCCGCGAAUUCCGACGAUACCGUCAGGAUGGCCUUCGCCUCGCGGCUCCAGUUCUUCGUGAGGACCGAUGGCAAGACCUUGGUCUUCCGGGCGAAUUCCAGCGAUACCGUGCGGUCGGUGCACGAGCGGAUUCACCUGAUCACUAAAAUUCCCGUCGUUGAACAGAGGCUGAUUUAUAGAGGGAAGCAACUGCAGUGCGAUAAAUCUUUGGCCGAGUGUUCUAUCCAAAAUGAUGCCUGCCUCCAUUUGGUUGGCCGAAUGCGGAGCACGGGGCACUCAAAGGCUUGGCGAAUCAUCGAUGACAUGAUUUCGCUUGUUCGCCGCCUUUGUGAAGGUGAAACAGUGCCCUAUGCUCUUAAAACUAUUAGAACUAAGAUAUCAGAGUACCUGUCGAUGACUCCUAAGGAUGAUGAUGAUGCAGCUACUGGGCAUCUUCAGCUAUUUAUGUCAUUUUCUGUGCCUGCGGCGCUUGUUAUGCUCUACAUGUCGCCAAUUAGGGAUAACAAGGAGCAUGCCGAGGAGUCAAUUAGGCAUUUCCUAGAAUCAUGUAUAACUGAGUUGCCAAAGUCUUUGCGAUCGCGCUGUGCACCAAUAGUGCUGGAGUUUUGUAACCUGCUCAGGAGAAUAGCUUCUGAUGACCCAUUGUACUUGUCUUGCCAGACUAGUUUUGGGUCGAUGAUGAAGGUUAUUAAGGUUCGAUGGGUAUCGAAACAUACCGAAAGUGUAAAGAGAGCGAUAUCUAUAAAAGAGAUAUUCCCUUUUGUUAAAGAGCUGGCAGAUAAGUUGUCCAAAGAUUUGGAAUUGUCCCUUCAUACUAUAGCAAGUUUGGGGACUUGGAGCGAUGUCCAUGACUUCAAGAUGUUCUUGCGCCCUUUGCGAACUGUAAUGUCUGGAUACAAGGGUUUCAAGCAUCCAAUCUCUUUGCCUAUGGAAAAUGAACAUCGCCAUGUUCUGUUGUGUAAGGAGGAGGUUGAAUUGCUUUAUCAAGUCUUUGAGGACGUGCUAAAGAAGAUGGGUGAGUGUCUUUUCAGAAUGGAGCAGUGGUUAUCUGCAAACGUAAGUGGGGAAAUUGAUAUUGCAUGUCCAGCGUGGCCUCAAUAUCUUACUAUUUUGAAAGAACUGAAUGGCAUUUCUAAACUUUAUUUGGGUUCUGAGGAAGAAUUUUGGACAAUUUUGAGCAUGAGGAAGCGUGCGUUGUGUAUGCUUGUUGUCCGUUAUGCAAAGCGAAGUGCUGAUCACAAAUGGCUUCUUGAGCGCAAAGAUAUUAUGGAUUUUGAGUCUAGAAGGCACUUAGUGAUGAUGAUGUUCCCUGAAGUGAAAAGGGACUUUCAGGAACAACAUGAGAUGCUGAUUGACAGGUCUCAGUUAUUGUCAGAAUCAUUUGACUACAUAGCUAAUGCAAAAGCUGAAUCUUUGCAUGGGGGUAUACUAAUGGAAUUUAAAAAUGAGGAAGCAACUGGUCCUGGUGUCUUGCGCGAGUGGUUUGUUCUGGUUUGCCAAGCUAUUUUCAAUCAACAAAAUCCUCUUUUUGUAGCAUGUCCCAAUGAUCGCAGAAGGUUCUACCCAAAUCCAGCCUCUACGGUGGAACCCCUGCACCUCAAGUAUUUCAACUUCUCUGGUCGAAUGAUAGGCUUAGCUCUGAUGCAUAAAGUACAAGUAGGGAUUGUUUUGGAUCGGGUAUUUUUCUUGCAAUUGGGUGGAUAUUCUAUUUCUCUGGAAGACAUAAGAGAUGCAGAUCCUGACAUGUAUAAUAACUGCAAGUGGAUUCUGGAAAGGGAUCCUGAAUAUAUUGAUUCUGAUGCUUUAGGACUAACAUUCGUGAGAGAAGUUGAGGAGUUGGGAUUGAGGCGAGUUGUGGAACUCUGUGAUGGUGGGAAGGGCAUGGUGGUGAAUAGCAAGAAUAGGAAUGAUUAUGUUGAUCUUCUUAUAAAACAUAAGUUUGUUACCUCAAUCUCUCAACAGGUAUCGCGUUUUGCACAAGGUUUUGGUGAUAUGCUUAGCGACUUGAGGUUGCAGAAGUUCUUUUUUCAAAGUUUAGAGCUUGAAGAUAUUGAUCAAAUGCUACAUGGGAGUGGGAAUGAUAUUUCUGUUGAAGAUUGGAAGGCACAUACAGAGUACAAUGGUUACAAAUCUAAUGAUUCUCAGAUAGACUGGUUUUGGAAGAUUGUCAGCGAAAUGUCACCACAGCAGAAAAAGAAUAUCCUUUUCUUCUGGACGUCGGUGAAGUAUCUGCCCGUGGAGGGAUUUCGGGGUUUGGCAUCUCGCCUUUACAUAUUCAAGUCUAUGGAGGACAUCAGCCACCUACCAUCAUCCCAUACAUGCUUUCAUCGUCUGUGCUUUCCACCUUAUCCCAGCAUGACCAUCAUGGAACAGCGCCUUUCCAUCAUCGCUCAAGAACAUGUAGGCUGCAGCUUCGGUACUUAUUGACAAUUCGAUUUCAUCAUUGGACGCUUAAAGGGCAUCAUAACCAUCUGAUCUAUCAUUGGACGCUUAAAGGGGGUGUUGUGGAUAUUUUGUCUCGUCUGUCUUCUGUCGUUGGGGUCUUUGUUGUUCCCCUCUUUUAACUGUUCAUACAUAUGUUAUAGAUGCAGGGUAUAUAUAAAGUUUGGGUGCAGGAUGAAAGGGAAGCUCAUCCCCUCUGCGGGACUUCAUUUUUCUGGUAGAGAUGGUCACUUUGCUUUGGCAUGUAGAUAUACAGAAAGAUUGACUGCAAUACAUCUCUCUCUCUCUCUCUC